AUGUCGCGAACCUUGUCAAGCAGAGCAUCAAAUGUCCUAGCAUCUCUAGAUAUCUCAACUACUCAUGAGAUUUCGGGCGUUUACGAUGGAGAAUGGCGCGGCUCGGGAGACCUCGUAUCGUCCACUUGCCCUACAACUGGAGAGGUCCUAGCAAGGGUGAAGACGGCGACUCCAGAGGAACUUCACGCCGCAUUGGAACGUACACGCGAGGCAUACAUCCAUUUCCGCAAUGUGCCUGCGCCUCGUCGUGGAGAAAUCCUGCGGCAGAUUAGAGAAGCACUUGCCUCCAAGGUGGAUGAACUUGGUGCCCUUGUUUCCUUGGAAAUGGGGAAAAUUAGGACAGAGGGAGUCGGGGAAGUCCAAGAGUUCGUCGACAUUUGCGACUACGCAGUCGGUUUGUCUAGGAUGAUGAAUGGACGUGUGGUCGCAUCAGAACGCCCAGGGCACUCUAUUCUCGAAGUACCAAACCCACUCGGGGUGGUCGCUGUUUUGUCCGCAUUCAAUUUCCCCGUCGCGGUUUAUGGUUGGAACCUUGCUCUCUCGCUGGCCGCUGGAAACGCGACAAUAUGGAAGCCUUCCCCAACAACACCGUUGUGCUCGAUCGCCGUGACGACUAUAGUCUCUCGUGUUCUCGAGAAAAAUGGUGUGCCAGGUGCUGUCGCCAGCUUAGUCACUGGAGGAAAGGAGGCCGGUGAAGCCAUCGUCGAAAGUCAAGACGUGCCUCUAGUGUCCUUCACUGGGAGUGAACAUGUAGGACGAAUUGUGGGCAAGAACGUCGCAGCUCGAUUUGGAAGGUCUAUCUUGGAACUAGGUGGAAAUAAUGCAUCAAUCGUGAUGCCUGAUGCUGACUUGUCGCUCGCCGUUCCUGCUGUCUUUUUCGGUGCUGUCGGUACCGCGGGGCAGCGCUGCACAUCCACAAGAAGGCUAUACCUUCACAGGAACAUUGCAGAUGAAUUUUUGGACCGUCUGCAAAAGAUGUACCGUACGGUGGCACCCGGUGACCCUUUGAUUGACAGCACCCUUUUGGGCCCUCUCCACACAAAAGCGGCGUGUGAUAUCUACGACAAAACAAUCCAACACCUCCAGGCCAUUGACGCUGAUAUAUUGACCGGUGGAAAGCGAUACGGUCACGCGAGCUUGAGUGCUGGCAACUUUGUCGAGCCCACAAUCGCUAUCCCUAAAUCGGUCAACCCAAAGGAUUUCAUCUGGAAAACGGAGACCUUCGCCCCGAUUCUUAACGCCGCAAUCUUUGACGACUUGGAACAGGCUAUCGAGUGGAAUAAUGGAGUUCCUCAGGGAUUAUCCAGCAGCCUGUGGACGCGAGAUAUCAGAAAUCUUGGUCGCUGGAUUGGACCAAGCGGAUCCGAUACAGGUAUUGUUAAUGUAAACGUGGGGACCAGUGGCGCCGAGAUUGGGGCUGCCUUCGGAGGUAAUAAGAGCACCGGCUGGGGUCGCGAAUCAGGCGGCGAUGCUUGGAAGCAAUAUGUGCGCUGGAGCGCUUGCACCAUCAACUUAUCAGACGAAGCCCCUUUGGCUCAAGGAGUGACUUUCCCUGCUUGA